ACAAGUGAAGAUGGCGGACGUGUUGAGCGUUCUUCGACAGUACAAUAUCCAGAAGAAGGAGAUCGUGGCCAAAGGAGAUGAAGUUAUUUUUGGAGAAUUCUCGUGGCCAAAAAAUGUCAAAACUAACUAUGUCAUCUGGGGGACAGGAAAAGAGGGUCAGCCCAAGGAGUACUACACACUGGACUCCAUUCUCUUCCUACUCAACAAUGUGCAUCUUCCACAUCCGUCCUACGUGCGUCGAGCUGCAACAGAGAACAUCCCUGUAGUAAGAAGACCAGACAGAAAGGAUCUUUUAUCAUAUCUCAAUGGAGAAAGUUCGUCAUCAACAAGUAUUGACAGAAGUGCCCCUAUUGAGAUCGGCCUUCAGAGACCAACGCAAGUCAAAAGGGCUGCAGAUGAAGUCUCUUCUGAAGCAAAGAAGCCAAGGAUUGAGGAUGAGGAACGAGUGCGCCUGGAUAAGGAGCGUCUGGCAGCCCGUCUGGAAGGCCAUAAGGAAGGCAUCGUGCAGACAGACCAGAUCCGUUCACUCUCUGAGGCCAUGUCUGUGGAGAAAAUUGCUGCCAUCAAGGCCAAGAUCAUGGCCAAGAAGCGUUCCACUAUCAAGACAGACCUGGACGACGACAUCACCCUGAAGCAAAGGAGCUUUGUGGAUGCAGAAAUGGACGUGACGCGCGACAUUGUCAGCAGGGAGAGAGUGUGGAGGACGAGAACCACCAUCCUCCAGAGCAGUGGGAAGAACUUCUCCAAAAGCAUCUUUGCCAUCCUGCAGUCUGUAAAGGCCAGAGAGGAGGGUCGUGCUCCUGACCAGAGACCCACGCAGAACCCCACCCAGACAGAUCCAGCAAUUCGAAACAAACAGCCAGUUCCAGCAGCCUACAACAGAUACGAUCAGGAGCGAUUCAAAGGGAAAGAGGAAACGGAGGGCUUCAAAAUCGACACAAUGGGAACCUACCACGGCAUGACCCUAAAGUCUGUGACGGAAGGAGCAUCAGCAAGGAAGGCUCAGACUCCUGUUGCCAUGCAGCCAGUUCCCAGACCAGUCUCUCAAGCAAGGCCCCCUCCAAACCAAAAGAAAGGCUCAAGAACCCCCAUCAUCAUCAUCCCAGCAGCCCCUACGUCCCUCGUCACUAUGCUCAAUGCCAAGGAUCUCCUGCAGGACCUGAAGUUUGUUACAUCUGAUGAGAAGAAGAAGCAGGGUAUUCAGAGGGACAAUGAGGUUCUGCUCCAGAGACGCAAAGACCAGAUCCAGCCUGGUGGCUCCACUCUGAGUGUCACCGUGCCCUACCGUGUGAUCGACCAGCCACUGAAAUUGGCUCCUCAAGACUGGGACCGUGUAGUGGCUGUCUUCGUCCAGGGUCCUGCCUGGCAGUUCAAGGGCUGGCCUUGGCUUCUGCCCGACGGCUCUCCUGUGGAUAUUUUUGCGAAAAUCCGAGCCUUCCACCUGAAGUACGAUGAGGUGCGAACUGACCCAAAUGUUCAGAAAUGGGACGUCACUGUUCUGGAGCUGAGCCGACAUAAGCGUCAUCUGGACCGGCCCAUCUUCCUACGCUUCUGGGAGACACUGGACAAGUAUAUGGUAAAACACAAGUCCCACCUGCGCUUCUGAGACAUGGUGCCAUCAUGGCCAGCUGAUUUGUACCAAGGAGAGCUCUCAGCCUGUGAAUUCGCCUUGACAUGGACAGCAGUGGACUGUUCACACAUGCUUCACCAGAGGCCCCCAAGCAGCACUUUGGAAUUGGAUCUGCCUUUGAACCCUUUGUCACUGAAGGAGAGUUUUAAUCAGGCAUUUAACAGUCUGUAGGUUGAAACAUUGUGUGAAAGCUGGGGUGUGCAGACAGAAUGUGUGAGUGUGUGUGUGUGAUUGGGGGGUUGGGCCGUGCAUGGCCUUGUGUACGAGUGUGCAUGUGCGUGUUUAUUCAGAAAUUUUGGGGGUGGGGGGGGUGUAGAUGCGUUUUCAGCCAUUUUGUUUUUCGACCAGCUGUGUGUUUAGAGAGCUGUGCAUCUUCUAAGUGAAAAGCUGUUGGCAAGGCAGUGAGAUUGAUAGAAGCCUCUUUUCUACAUCAUUCUUUUCUUUUGUGGAUUUUUUAGUAAUCCAAUGUAAAACUAUAUUCGGGCAAAAAUCAAAACGGUCACUUGCUGAGAUUAAUAAAAUGACAUUUGUAAAAACUGU